GGCUGCGCGCGGAACAGAGAAAGUGGGCGUGCGCACAAUGGAGGCAGCAACGUUUCCUUCCUCUCGUCGGAUCUGGUCUCUGAUUUCAUCCUCUUCUUCCCUCUCCUCUGAUCAAUCUCCACAUUUUGUGCACCAUUAUUUCAAGAGAAACUCUCUCCAACUCAAACCGAGCUCCAGCUUGAAAAUUCGCGCCUCCGCCGGCGGCGGCGCUGAUUCCGUGGUGACCUUGCUUGACUACGGCGCUGGCAACGUCCGGAGCGUCAGAAAUGCGAUCCGGUUUCUCGGCUUUGACAUUAAAGAUGUGGAAAAACCAGAGGAUAUUCUCAAUGCAGAACGGCUUAUUUUCCCUGGGGUUGGGGCAUUUGCUGCUGCCAUGGAUGUGCUAACCAAGAAAGGGAUGGCUGAUGCACUAUGUUCUUACAUUAAGAAUGACCGCCCAUUUUUGGGCAUUUGUCUUGGAUUGCAGCUACUUUUUGAGUCAAGUGAGGAGAAUGGACCAGUGGAAGGUCUUGGCUUGAUUCCUGGUGAGGUCGGGCGCUUUGACUCAUCUAAUGGAAUCAGAGUACCUCAUAUUGGCUGGAAUGGGCUGCAAAUCACACAAGAUUCUGAAAUUUUGGAUGAUAUUCAAAAUCGUCAUGUCUACUUUGUUCACUCUUAUCGAGCCAUGCCAUCAGAUGACAACAAAGAAUGGGUUUCAUCUACCUGCAACUAUGGUGACAAUUUCAUAGCAUCUGUUAGAAGAGGAAAUGUGCAUGCAGUUCAGUUUCAUCCUGAGAAAAGUGGAGAUGUUGGCCUUUCUAUAUUAAGAAGGUUUUUGUAUCCAAAGUCCUAUGCACCAAAGAAGCCAAUGGGAGGGAAGGCUUCAAAACUUGCAAAGAGGGUAAUUGCUUGUCUUGACGUGAGGACAAACGAUAAUGGUGACCUUGUUGUUACAAAGGGUGACCAAUAUGAUGUCAGGGAGCAAACAAAAAAUGAGGUGAGAAACCAUGGCAAGCCAGUGGAUCUAGCUGGGGAGUAUUACAAGGAUGGGGCUGAUGAGGUCAGUUUCCUGAAUAUUACUGGUUUUCGCAACUUCCCUCUAGGCGACUUACCAAUGCUGCAGGUGUUGAGGUGCACAUCAGAAAAUGUUUUUGUACCAUUAACAGUUGGAGGGGGUAUCAGAGAUUUUACUGAUGGAAAUGGAAGGUACUAUUCGAGUUUGGAAGUUGCUUCUGAAUAUUUCAGGUCAGGUGCUGAUAAGGUUUCUAUUGGAAGUGAUGCUGUUUAUGCAGCAGAAGAAUAUUUGAGAACAGGAGUAAAGACUGGAAAAAGCAGCUUGGAACAGAUUUCCAGAGUCUAUGGGAACCAGGCAGUGGUUGUGAGCAUUGAUCCUCAUAGGGUUUACUUGAAGAAUCCCGACGAUGUAGAGUUUAAGGUUAUAAAAGUAAGCAACCCUGGUCCAAAUGGAGAAGAAUAUGCCUGGUAUCAGUGCACAGUCAAAGGUGGCCGAGAAGGUCGACAAAUUGGAGCUUAUGAACUUGCAAAAGCUGUUGAAGAGUUGGGAGCAGGGGAAAUACUGUUGAACUGCAUUGACUGUGAUGGGCAAGGCAAAGGAUUUGAUGUAGAUCUUAUAAAGCUGAUAUCUGAUGCUGUGACCAUUCCCGUGAUUGCAAGUAGUGGUGCAGGGGUGGUUGAACACUUCUCGGAGGUUUUCACUAAAACAAAUGCUUCUGCUGCCCUUGCUGCUGGCAUUUUCCACCGGAAGGAGGUGCCCAUUCAGUCGGUGAAAGAGCAUUUGCUAAAAGAAGGGAUAGAAGUCAGAGUAUGAUUUGUAUCUUUUGGUCAGACGAGCAUUCGAUACAAGAAGACAAUGCUGCACCACCCCAUUGGGAACUGGUUUAGAACCUAUGAGAUUAUUGCCGCAACUCGUUAUGGUAAUUUAUGUUGUCUUUUGGGCUCUUUGGUUGUUGACAGAGCUGUUGGACGCAGUUCUUUUUUCUUUUCUUUUUCGGCUCUUUUGAGUGUUGCUGACAGUGGUGUUGGAAGAACUUCAGUUGCUGUAGUUGUCACGAACCUAUGAAUUUUGUGAUAUUUGUAGAUGUUCCCUUCAUAAGUAUGAUCCUUGAAACAAACCAAGAAUGAAUAAUUUUCUAUUCCUCUA